AGAUUGUUUAAAUAUGGCGUCAUACAUAACAAGUUCGCUGAGCUUGAUGAAAAAACAAAGUCAUGUCGCUUAAAUGACCAUCGAAAUCUUUCAGAUGUUUUUUCCAUGCAUAUGAAAUAUAUUUUGGAGGUUUAACUCGUACUUUUAAACUUAAAAACAGGUUGAAUUAUCUAAAGUGAUAAACAUGGCAGAAACAGCAUCAAUGAGGGUUGUACCCAGUGGAAAGAUAUACAGGCAGAUGUUUGAUGCCCAGGUUCAACUUCAAAGGAGUUUAACAAAAAUGAAAAGUAGAGAAACCAACACUGCACCAUUGGACCAUUCCCCAGAGAGACAGAGCACUGCCAUACCGGUUGUGAAACUGACUAAAGAGGAGGUGGCUCAUGGACUUCUCACUGAACGACAAAGAACCUGGGCUGAUGGAUUUCCCAAUGAUCCCUAUGUGGAGAAUCCUGUUCUGCACAAACAAUAUUCAGAAUUUGUGAGAUCCACAAUGAAAGAGACUGACUCAAGUAAAGCAGGGAAGGAGGUACAAGGACUGCCUGAUGUUGUUGUGCCAGCCAAAGAGGGAUCAAACAUCAUUGAAAGAAUAGCAGCAAGCAGACAGAAAAGACAUGAGUCAACAGUAGAAGAUCUUCAUCAAGAGCUCAGUCUUAUUAAUUCUGAUUUGGAGCCAGUCAUCACAGAAUACAGUGAAACCUUGCUUAGAAAGCUGGAUGAUGAUGACAAAGAAAUCAAUCAUUUACUAGCAAGGAUAGAGAAGGAUGAGGACCUGCUAACCUACAAUUUGGAGGAACUUUACAAGCUGUGGGAUCAAGUCCAGCAUCACUCAGCAGAGAGACAAGCCUGGAUCAAUGAACUGGACCAGCAGCUAUCUAAAGUGGAGGAUGAUCGCAUGGACAUGAUGAGAAAUAUAUUCAAGUCAUAUGCCAAGACUUUGGAGAAGAUUGCACAUUUAAUGCCUCCAGAUCUAAACAGAUUUUUGGACCAGGAGUCUCAGCUUGUGAACCAGACAAUGCUAAGUAACAGGAGAGCGUAUUCUGAUCUGUUUGUCAGACUAAUGUCUGCCGACAUUGAGAGAGAAAAGUCUCAGUACACGAUCUGGAAACGGCGGGUUGAAGAUUGGAGACAGCUCAACACUAAACUUGCCAUUGAACAUUUUAGUAAUUUUAUGCAAGAAGAGAAAAUUAUUAAUCCACCUGGAGUUACGAAAGUUUACAACUUUAUGAUAGCUGAACAAGAUGUCAUCAAUAAGAGGAGAUUGGAUGUUGUUCAACAGUUGUGUGAUUUGAAGCCACCAGCAUCUACAAAAACAGCUGUAUAUCAAUGGGACAAAACAAUUCAAAAUCUCACAAAGGAAAUUGAUUCUGUGAAUCAGCUUCACUUGACCAAGCUUCAUGCAGAAUAUGAGAAAGUCUGUCAAGAUUGCUUGGAGAAAAUUGAGUUUAUCAAGAAAUCUCUGAUUGAUGAUGGGGUGUGUGCCCCUCCACGUGCCCAGCAAGUUGUGGACCAACACAUGCUGCCUCUGGUUGGAGAGAGACAGAGAGUGUUCGAGAAUAAUCUGGAAACUAUGGAGAAAGACUUGGAGAAUCAUAUGAAAGAAAUGACAGAGAGGCUAAAGAUGCUGUUCAAGUUUGCUCAAGGAGCAGCCCACGUAUGGGACGUGCAUGAGAUUGGUCUGGCCAAACAGGAGAGAGCAUUGCAAGAAAAACUGGAGCAAUGUCGACAAGUUCACGACAACCAGAACCAGGAUAAAGAAGCUCACUUGGAUAUCAUAAUGGACAGAAUGAGGCAAGAUGCAACAGAGAAACAGCUCAAAGACAGCUUAGAUAAAGCAUUGGACAUGCUGAACAAAAUUAAAAAUGCGUAUGAAGUUUUCCACACGGAUCAAAUGGACAUUGUCAAGAAUUAUCCUACAAUGGUUAAGGCUGAAAUGAAGAAUUAUGAUGAAGGAGUGUGUAAAUUCUUCGAAGUGGGAAGAAAUCAACCUAAGAAAAGCAAAUCCAAGAUUCUUGCUCCUAAGAAAUCCAAGUCCGGGGAUGAAUCUGAAAUUACCACCACACCCCUUGAUUUUUUGGAAUAUCCAGACCCAUGUGAUGUGUCCCGAUCAGAAUCGGGCAAAGAAAAUUCCCUUCCUGAGGCUGUUAGUGAGAUCCUGGCCACAGAGAGGGGGACCCUCUUCUACGUCCUGACAGAAGCAGGGGAGUAUGGGAUACCUCCUGAGAAGGAUGCCCCCUCCAAAGACGAGAAGCCGGAAGGGGAGGAAGCGGCCUUUUUGACGGAGGUUGAUGCCCCUGUCCCUCCGUCUAAACCAGAGUACAUCCAGAAGAUAGAUGUAGAAGAAGCGAUCCUUAUAGAGGUCAAGAAAAGAAUACGAAUGAAUUUUCUAAACCACAUGGAGGAAUGGCAUGUUCAAGCCUCGGACAGAGCAGAAAGUGUUGUUAUAGCCAAGUGCGAGGAGUUGAACAGUGAGUUGGAGUUGAGAUUUCAUCUUCACAAACCCAGAGCCAGGCGAGCAGAACUUGAUGUCCACAAUGUUAGAGCCGCUGAGCUAGUGAUGCACUCAGAGAGGGUGACUCGCCAUACAAAGGGCAUCAUCCAAGCCCUGGCUGAACUCAGGCAGGGCUUCAACAAGAUGACCCAGGAACACAACAAACUGGCGUCCAAGUUCAGGGAAGACAUUGAAGCACUGGAGGUUGUCUUUGUCAAUGCCACAAAAUCUUCCAAAUUGAUAGCAUUACAAUCUCAGCUGGGAAAUGAGCUGACUAACUUCAUGGAAAUCAUCCGAACCUCCCUGCUCCAAUACCGGAAACACCUGGAUAAAACACUGCAGAUGUUGAGGGAAUCAAAUGCUAGAUUUAUCAAGUCAUUCAAGGUGUUCUCAGAUGGUGGUAACUUCUGUCCUGAGGAGAUUGAUGUGUACCGUAAGAAGUUGGAGAAUAUGUCCUCAAAGAUUGAUGUGUCAGAGGGUGCCAUUAUGUCUGACAUGGAAGACAUAGAAAAGAAGCGCCUCGAUCAGGCAACCAAAGUUGCCUCAGAGUUUGAGGACAGAUUCAAAAAUCACAUGAUAGAUUUGAUAUUUAUGGAGAAGAUAGCUCGCUGGUUGACUAACACUCAGGUGAAAAUCAAGGCUGAGGUUGCCAAUAGCAACUCCCAAGCUCAGCAGCUAGCCCAGCACCUUAACGACUUGGAUCGAAGAGUUGAUGCAUGUGAGAGACCCAACCUAGACAAAGAGCCUGCAUGUAAAAAGGAAAUGCAAAUCACCUCCAGACAGCUGAACGAGACCCUGAAGACAGUGUUUGAGGCGUUCCAGGACCGAAGUACUUAUCUCAACUGUAUCAAGGACCCCACCCCCAGGCCACCCUCUGGCACAAUGCAGGGACCACCCGCUCUAGGAGCUUUGCAUCCAGUGCCACCAAUUUCUGAGCGUAAAUUGGUGCGUAUGGGAAGUGAAAGUACUUGUGGUAAUAUAACGGAGAGAAAGUCUACCAGAAUGAGCAGUGAGCAGGGGGUCAGGGUUGGAUUCUCACAGUCGACGGAUGUCCAGCCAACUCCCAUCAGUAAGAUGGGCAAGCAGCCCCAGGAGGACCCAUCUGUCAAUGUCAUCAAGAGCAUUCUCAGAGCCCAGAAAAGCAAGAUGAGAUUUGGUAUGGAUGCAGAUUUAGAUGGAGAACUUACAGGAGGCACACAUCACGAGUCCAGAGAGAAACUAAAGUCCUCCAUGUCUACCACAACCACUUCAGAGAAAUCCAAGCAGACGUCCAAGGGAAAGAGUUCUCACAGCACAGGGGGCUCAGAGAACUCGCCCAAGCGGGUCCAGUCUGGUAUGGAGAGCGUCCACACCACUCCCUCACUGCCACGACUGAGACAGAACAGUAAGUCCACCAAGUUUGACAAGAAGUACCUAGUGUUUGGGGAGAAGGAGGAGGAGGGUGAGGAGGCCCACAUCCUGGGGAUCAUCAAGAGGACCCUGAGAGAGGCCCUGGACGGCUUACUGACCAAUGCUGAGAUGUACUACAGGUCUAAGGGAAACCGGCCAGUGACUCGCCCUCAGGCUUUACAGGAGACGUUUGAGGCAUGUGCUGAUGUCAUUGUACAGAAGUUACAGUCCUAUUACACACAGUCAGAUGAAUACCACAACCAGUGCCUACAAGAGUUUAGAAAUCAGCUUGCCCAGCUGGAGAAGUCAGUAGCCCACGUCCCUGCCCUCCUGAUCAGAGACAUCCUAAAAGAGGAGCUCCAGAAAUCCAAGGCCGACAGGAAGCAGAUGAGUGAGGAGUUCUCCCACCACCAGGUGGAGCUGGAGCAGCGCCAGCAGGAACACUCCCACCUGCUGCGCCCAACCCUUGGGCACCCCCACGCCGAGGACUCGCUGAAGGCCCUGUGUGAGAAGGAGGAGGCCAGACACAAGGACUACGUGGCCGCUGUAGAGAAACACACCAAGGAUCUACAGAACUCUGCCUUGUCACAUGCCCAGACAUUUAUCGAUGUGUUAGCCAGAACUGCAGAGCACCAACUGUUGCAGUAUGACAACCUACUUGUCAUUGAUGAUGUCAUCAAAGGACGUGUUGAAUCCCCCAAGUAUCCUACAAGUGAAUUAAUCAGAAGAAAGAAUGCUGGACUUCCACUGGAGGAUGAUGAAGAUAAAGGGGCUCUGCCAAGGGGCAAAAAUACUUGGCCUGGUACCCCUAACAAUGAGUUGGUGAUAGGAGAGCCUCCCAGUAAGGUUACCCUGACAGCGUCCAUUACCACAGCCAAAACAACCCUGGGACAGAGUGCCACCAUCACAGCAAGGGAGUCUGCGUAUCAGGAUUAUAAGGCAGAAUUUGAAAAGACUCUGAAGUGGAUAGACAGUGAGCGACAGAAACUGAUGCAGGCUGAGCAAAGAUGGGUGGAUAGCUGGAAUACCUCUGUGGACAAAGUUAAACAGCUAUACUAAUUAAUCCACAUGUGUGUAUGUGGAGCAAUGAUACAGAAACUUAAAUGGGAAUUUAUGUAUAGGUUGUUUGUGUAUAUGUGAACAAAUAUUGUGAAAGCAAUGUAUUAAGAGCCCAAAUGUGCUUCUCUCAUUGACUGUGAUGGCAAGAGUUUCCCCCCUUUAUAAUGAGUUGUGAUAUGUUUUACCUACUUGUUGUUGAAAUUGCACUUAACUGUAUGAUUUAUACAUGUAUUUGUAAAUACAUAUGCAUUUAUAAAAGAAUCUUUUUAAAUAUUAUAUUUAUUGGACAGCAUUCCCUUCUAUCAACUGUAACCGUCCAUAGAGCUGAUAUUUUGUCAGUAUGAACUGUGAUAUGACAUAUCUGUCAGGUAUUUUGAUUGAAGAAAUAAAUACAAUUAUUUUGUAUGAUUUAU